ACAAAAGCCACUCGCCUCGCUGCUGAAAGGAUGGGAGUUGUAGUUAAUGCUUUUAGAGCACCCCAACAGAGCACCUUUUCUUAAAGGAUUCCCCCAGAUUUCCACUAGAUCAAUUUGCUUCAGGUCUCAGCAACUUCUGGGUUCCAAGAGGUCCUUAACCGUGGAUCCUUCCAUUCACAGGGCCAAACAUUCAGAGAAGCUUGCAAUCAAGGCAAGGGGGGGAACCCCCUAUAAAUCUCUUAUUGCACAGGUGAUCAACCCUUUCAUAGGCAGCUGGAUUCCUCAUGAGUCAGGGCUCCAGGGAUGGUGGAGAGAUCCAGAGAAGCAGAAGCAAUGGGGAAAUCCAGAUUUCAAAAGCAGCUGCUUCUACCCUGCCAGCCAAACCCACUGGAUCCCACCUGUGGGCUGUGAAUGCUUCUAGGAAGAAUGAAGUGGCUGCAAUCCGGGUCAGAUUUCCGUAUAAAUUGCCGGUGAUUCUGGAACGCUAUGCGAAGGAGAAAAUAUUGCCAGCUUUAAACAAGGUGAAGUUUCUAGUCCCUCAAGAGUUCACCAUGGGCCAGCUUGUAGCCAUCAUUCGUAACCGGAUGGGCCUACGGUGCACGCAGGCGUUCUACUUCCUCCUGGACGGUAACCACAGCCUCGUGAACAUGUCCGCCACCAUGGCCGAGGUCUACACCACAUACAAAGACGAGGACGGCUUCCUUUACAUGACGUACGCCUCCCAGGAGAUGUUCGGUUGAGGGCCUUCAAGCCCCGUCAAGUCCUCUUGAGAAGAUGGACAGGGAGGGAGUCCUUAGGUCUCCAUCCUGGCCACCCAUUUUAUUCCGGUCUUCGGAACGUGUUUCCAAACCUGGAGAACUUCUUUUUUUCCCCGUUGCACAGAACUGAUUUGAUGGGUUUGGGGUUCCUGAGCUGCAGGAACCGCCUGGCGCAAUUGUCUUCUGCCUGGUGGUCUUCAAAGGAUCCCUCGCUAAGAAUCUGGCUACUUCAUUCACUUCCUCUGCCGGUUUUGGGAUAAAUGUCUUGGGUUCCAGAUUCUCCUGCACCCUGUUUCAGUUUGGGGGUGAAGGCUGAGCCCUCUCCUAUUCCCAAUGUCCGAUCCCCAAAUCUUGGUUUUUCUCACACACACCCCCAAAACGAAGACAAUUCUGGGAUCUCUCCAGCUUAGCCACUAAAAGAUGGGUGGACUUCAACUCCCAGAAUCCUCCUGCCUGAGGAAUUCUGGGACUUCAAAAUCCACCCAUCUUCAAGGUGGCCAAGCUUAAGAAAGGGUGUUAGGUAGAAAGUCCCAGCAUCCCGUUCCCUUGGCUGUACCAGCUCAGGCUGCUGGGACUUGUAGUCAUUCAGCUCCGCUCAACAGCGGAGGGAACUCAACACUCAAAAGCUGUGUGAACCGGAGGACUAACUCCAGGCACCGACGAAGGAAUCGCACAACCACACUGGUGUGGGUCAGAUCAGCAAAGGCUUUGCUGGGAGGGGAGAGAUUGCGUCACUUGCUCACUCAUGAAUUUAAAUGGAAAAUGUUUAAAAAUUUGCCAAGGAAAAUGUUGGAAAUGGCUUCAGUCUAAAUCAGAAGUAAACGGCGUGUGGUCGGCCAGCCCCGGAAAAAGGGGCCAAAAAAAAAAAAAAUCUCACAAUUCAUUUUGAGUAUUUCGUAGCUUGUUUUUCUCAGCUCGUUCACUUUGAGGAGCAAAAAGGAGUUAUUUCUUCUUUUGCUUCUAAUUUC